GGUUGAAAACACUCGCUCUGCUUAGACUUUGGUCCUAGAUUGUGGCGGCUGUGAGGCCUUCCGGUCAGGGCUCACAACAACAAAUCGCUCAACUGCUCGACACCGCUCUUUGGACGAUCAACACCACGCAAGCUCGUGUUACACAGUUGGUUGACGCUGUCGACCUCAAGGCACGCAUGCUGCAGUAUGUACAGGGGCCCGCAUGCCCGCGGAAGGCUAAAGGCGGAUCGCACCCUUUCGACAGAUCUCUAUGAUACCUAUCUACGAGGUCGUAGCGUCCGUCAAUAGUGCGUCUUCUUUUGUUGAGUCGUGGAAAAUGCUGAUGUUCUGCAGAGCUUCGAUGCAGCGUGCAACAAGGCAACAGCCGCAGAGCCUCAAACGUCUUUUGCCGGGUCUUCGCCGACGUACUCACUCUUUUCGUCAGUCGCCGCGCCUUCCCAUCCAAUCCUUCUCCCACUCGUCAGCACCAUCGAGAAUUUCUGCUGUUUUCACUGCCCUGAAUCCUUCCGACAAAGCAACCGCACAGCGUUCCAUCUGCCAAACCCGAACCAGAGAAGUCUGCCCUCGGCAAAGGGAUAAGCUCAUGCCAGCUAUCCCUUGUGUGGGUCACGUCACGACAAAGGGCCACUCUCAACACGCACGAACCCAUAGUUUUUCACGUUCCCAGACGGUUUCACGUGCAACUCAUCGCCUCUCCGCGCCCGACAACGCUUUGUUCCGAAAUGACCCGGGCGCGUGCUGCAAAUUGCAACGCACAGCGAGCACACCCGCGUUCCAGCCACGCAUCCAGACUCUCUUAAGACCGCAAGGCACGACUCUAUUUUGCACGCCGGCUCCACACAAUUUUCGCGCUUUGCGUGUCGCUGAGCCACGCUCGCAGCCGGUCAGCGCAACCAUGAUGCCCUGUUUGAGCCUGGGCUUCCCGCAGAGCCUCAUCUGCAGCGCUUGCUAGUGCCCUUCCUAUUGCGUCUCUUGAGCCUCUACCUGAGCGCGCUGCACGAGUGACACUGCUCGGAACUGUCGUUGCGUGGCUGCAGCGCCCAGACGCGCCCAUCCGCGACCCAUCCGAAGCGCGAUGCGCUGGAUGAGCGCGCGCGUCACGCCUGAGCAACGGGCUUCCAAAUGCGUUCCAUGCGCAUUGCAACACGGCACUAACGCCCACGUUUGCCCAUCUUGCAGACUGCAGA